GAUUUAAUGAACUUUUGCAGGAUUUAAAACAUUUCGUCCACCUUUACACAGCAACACAAGCAACAAGAUACAAUCACGGUUAAGGGGAAAGUGCAGGGUAUCCAACUGCAGUCAUGUUUUUUCAUCGUUUCAGUGAAGAAGUUUUUUUUUUUCAAUUUUCUGUGACUUAAAAAAUAAAUUUUAUUAAAUUUAAUUCAAAAAAGACUCACAAAAUAAUGUGAAAAAAAUUCAAAAUAGCUCAAAAUUGACAACGAAUAAUUUGUCAGAUUGAAUAAAGAGUUCACAGACCCCAAACAAAAAAGACAACAAAAGCACAUCGAAUAAAGACUUUUCUAUGAUCAAUUAAUUAAGCAAUCAUUUCCAUCACAAAAAUCCAGUUACUAAGCAGCUAUAGCUAUCAUAUCCAGUCAUGUCAUCACCAGCAACCCUCCAAAACUCUUCAUCCUCAACCCUCAUCCUCCCAUACGGUUACCAAAUCGACUUAGAUUUCAUAAAAUACUGCGAAAAUAUCUCAAAUGUUGACCAUUCCGAUGCUGAGCUUCAACGAAAGAACCGACGACGACAACGACAAUCAAUGGAAGUCAUGCUCGGCAUUCAAUUUGAAAUGCAACAACAAAUGAAUCAGGCGAGUGAAUUUUGGGAGAAAAAGGCACCGGAACCACCACCAAGAACACAUUUGCAUUCAAUUGAGUCACCGAUUGUGCCGAGGCUGACAACAAGGCAGCAGUUGGAGACAAAAUGGGAUCCAGAAAUGUCUGAGGUUGUUGAUGAUUUUGAGAAGACACUGGAAAGGAGUAAGAAGGUUAAGGAGAAUGUUAAUAAGAGGGAAAAGGGGGAGAGGAUGAAGGAUGGAAGUAGAAGUAGGAGUAGGAGUAAGGAGAACCUGCUGUUUGACACUUGCAUCCCAUCCAACAACAAUCAUGCCAAGCCACCACGUACUUCAUUGUCACCGAAAAAAGACACCCUUCAUCACAUUUCCAUCGAAUCAAUUGAUGGAUCAUUGUCGAUGCAACAAAAUGGCAAUAACUCUUUGCCGUCAUCAACUGAAACUUUUUAUAAGAAGCGCAUUUCUGAACUUGAGGAACAAAUAAAAUUAAUGCCAUUGCUGCAAAUGCAGAUUGAAUCAUUAAAAGAUGAACAAAAGCAAUUGGUGAUACAGUUGGAAGCCUCAAGAGCUCCGUCAAGUUCUUCAAGUUCUUCACCACCACAACAAGCACAUUUUCAGAUCCACAGAGUGUCGCCAGUGUCACUUAAUUCUAUGAAACUUAAUACUAAUGUUCUUACAAAGAGAACUAUUGGAACAAAUACAGUUGUGGUCUACCAGAGAGACAUUGGUGUCAUGAGUGAAAAAAAGACAUUCAGCAAUGUUGCAACAAUCACAGAUUUUAGACUGUCUUGUGAUGGUGAUGGCGGUCGACUUUACAGUGAGAAGGAUUUGAAGAAAACUGUCGAGUUGGUGCACUCGAAAAUGCGCAAAGCUAUGGUUUCUGUUGGUGUGCAGCAUGUUGAGGAUAAAACAUUAAGGGAUGUUGCUGUUCAGCAUGUAGAAAUAAAGACAUCAAGGGAUGUCGGUGUUGGUACAAAAAUUCAUGUCACAAACGCUUCAAGUUCAACAGAUGAGCAGCAUUUAGUCAUGUCAACAACAAAUGUCAUCAAUAUUGAAGCACAACCAGCGAUAGUCGAACCAAUCAUACCACAAAUCCCAACAGUAUCCUUAAAAGACUUGGCAAAGACGCCAACCACAAGACACAAUACAACACAAACAACUCAAGGUGCUGUAAAUCAUCAAAUGAUCCAAGUCACGCCAUAUGGCUGCAAUAAAGCCACUGAAUCAAUUGAUUUAGUCAGGACCGUCCAUCGUGCUACAGGCACGGAAAUGAUCUACAAAAGAGAUCAAACUGUUAAUACCAGUGACUUAAUUAAGACACAACAUACAGCAACAAAUACGCUUGCUGAGCCAAAAGUUACCAAACGAACAACUUCGUCAAAUACUGAAGCUGUAGCGACGAAAACUAUCGGAGUUAAUUAUGAGCCUGUUCUUGAACCUUCAUCAUCAAAAGAAAGCAUGAAGGAACAUACAUCAAAGAUACCACGUCCAAGUCCAAGUGUUCAAAGGAAAUUCACAAGACAGGAGACAUUUACAGUCAAUACAAUCGCACCAGUGUCAUUGACUUCAAUAACUACAACAACAAUAAUCAAGUCACCAGGAUUGAAGUCACCAACUCAAGUGCUAAAGUCACCAAAUUAUAUUACCAAGUCUCCACAUUUGCCAAUUUCAUCAAAUCCUUCGUCAAUGUUUGACUUUAGGAGGACACCAGAUAGAAUUAUUUGGAUUAAGAAAAAAAUGUUUGAGGAAAUUUUUGAUGUUAAACGAGGACGGAAUCUGUUGGACAUGUUUUUGUCGCCAAUUGAGGACGACGGGAUGCUCAAAGACUUUGAUAGGCUCACAAUGAAUCACCAACGAAGUCUAUCGCCAGUACAAAAAUCACCUGCUCAAUCAUCGCCAGUCAGUCAUUCAGAUAUUAUGGUCGCUGAGCCUUUAAAAUCACCACUAGUCGAACAACAUCAGCAUUAUAAUCAGCAACAACAACAACAAUCACAGCCACAACAAAGCGAGCCAGAAGACGAUGAUGAAGACGAAGAGGAAGAAGAAGAAGAAGAACCAAAAGAAGAUGAAAAUCCAACAAGCUUACCACCCUCAAAAAUGCCAAUGUCACCGUCAGUUGAGUAUUUGGAUGAUGAUGAGGAGGACGACGACGAAUAUGAGGAUGAUGAGUUCAAUGAUGAACAAUUGCCAUCGAGUAUGCCAAUGCGACCUCCACCCACAUCGAUAUCGACAAUUCGAUUGGUGCAAGAGGGGCGAAUAAGAAUAAAACCAUCAAAGGAGAUGAUGAGUGCUCUGAAGGUCAUCAACGAUCACCUCUUAAUCUCUCCAGAACCAAUAGAAUCUCAAAUCCAUGCUGCAAGUACAAUCGCAGCUUGUGAAUGGUUCCAAAUUUCUAGUACUGAGAAAGCAAAUCCAGAUAAUGUUGAGGAUUAUUUGGACUACUUUGAGGAGCAAUCGUGGGAUCUGUUGAGUUAUAUGGUCAAUUUAUCUGAUAAGAAUGGAAAUAUGGCAAUGCAUUAUGCAGUCAGUCAUGGAAAUUUUGAUGUCGUUUCUAUUUUAUUGGACUCAAAGGUCAGCAACAUAAACCAAACCAACAACGCUGGUUAUACAUGCUGCAUGCUAGUAUCCCUAGCAAAACUAGUCAUCUCCGAGCAUCGUACCGUUGUCAAAAGACUCUUCAAGCUAUCAGAUGUGAACCUACGAGCAACGAAAAAUUCACAAACUGCCCUGAUGCUUGCUGUAAGCCAUGGUAAUUUUGAGAUUGUACAGAUGAUGGUUGAAGCUGGUGCUGACAUCAAUAUUCAGGAUGAUGAUGGAUCAACGGCACUAAUGUGUGCUUCUGAGCAAGGGCAUUUGGAUAUAAUUAAGUUUUUACUUGCUCAGCCUGAUUGUGACUCAACGAAGCAGGAUGUGGACGGAAACACAGCUUUAAAAAUCUCCUUAGAAGCGGGCUACCACGACAUUGGAUGUCUCCUUUACGCCCACGAGCAUUUAAUUCGUAGUAAAUCUACCGUUAAACGAACACCGUCCAGAAAAUCAUCAACGAGCUCAUUAACGUAAAGUAAUCUUAAAUUUUUAUCAAGAGUAUUAAACUUCCAGGUACGGAAGUACGUGUAACCACUAAUUUUAAUUCGAGAUAUACUAAAAGAAUAAUAAGAACACCUUCGUCGUAUCCCACAUGUAACCCUCAAUUCGAAAGACGUGCACAAACUGCACAAAAUUCAUUUUGCAACAUUCCAUAUCGAAAAAAUUUACGGUAAAUGAAAAAAUUAUAAACUUCUUGGCUAUUGCUGGAAAAAAACAUUGGAAUUAUCGAAAAUUAAUUGAGAAAAAAAAAUAUUAAGAUAAAAAUUUGUUUCUAACUUGUAUUAACACUCGAGAUUUGAAAUUAAGGAAAAAGAUAUCACUUAUUGUAGUGGAAGUAAAUUUGUAAAAGUAGACACGUCUAGUUGAGAUGAAAAUCUUAUAUUAUGUUGAUUUGAUGACUUUUGAGGAAGUUUUUGAAGUGAAUUUUCAAUUUUAAAUGUAUUCACUCAAAUUAGAAAUUAGAUGUGAAUAUUAAAAAAUCGAAAGCAUUUUUUUUUUUGCAAAAUAAUUUUAAAAAAUGUUUUAUUUUCCUGUUUUUUAAAUAAAAUUUUGUUAACCUUUUUUUGAUUUUUAUAUUUUUUAAUUUUCAUCAAUAUUGAAUUACUUUUGUACUUUAUUUUAAAAAUAAACUGAAUCUCAAUUUUAAAAUUUUACAAAAAAGUUACCAUUUUAAAGAUGAAUUAAAAACUUUUAUAAUUUUUCAAAAUUCACGAAGAAAAGCUUCUGGAAAAGUCAUCAAAGUUGUGAAAAUUAUUAAAAAAAUAUAUAUUUGAAUUUAAACUGAAAGAAUUUAUAAUUUUACUUAAAUUAUGUUUUUUAUGAAGAAAGAAAAAAUUUAAACAAUUUAUUUGGUUGUGGAUUAUUGAAAUAAAUUUUAUUUGCCAUUUUUAUUCCUUUAAAUUAGAAAAUUCUUUUGAAAUAAAAUUUUACUUUGAAAAUUUUUGAAAUAUUAGAAUUUUAGAUUUCUUUAUAAAAUUUUUUAAAUUUGAAAUUUUUUGAAAUAUUGUAAAUUUAAAAUUUAUUGUUUUUCAACUUUUUUAUAAUUUUUAAAAUUUGUUUUAUAUUUUUAAAUUUAAAACUUUCUUAAAAAUUUAUUUUUUUAAAAAGAAUUGAAAGAAUUUCACACCUUUCAAAAAUUUAACACUACUUCCUUAAAUGUGUACUCCAAAAACCUUAUUUACAAAAUUUAUUUUGAAAAAUUAUUAUCUUUUUAACUUAACCUCCCUUUGUUGAGUUUGUAUGGUGCCUUAAUAAAAUUCUUAAUGACUAGAAAAUUUCUGAUCAUAAAAAAUAUUAAAAAGUAAAUUAAAUAAGAAUGAAAAAAAGAGUUUAAAUUAACCAAAAUUAAUAGAGAGAAAAAUUUAAAAAAAAUCUGAUAAAAAAAUGUGUUGUGUUUCAUUUAAAAAAGGUAAAAACUUAUUUAAAAAUGAGAUAAAAUUAUUAGAAUUGAAAAAAAUUAAUAAGAAAAGUUUGACUCACUUUAAAAAUUGUUAGAUUGUAAAAUGAUUAAAAAAGGAUUUAUUUGAUUUUAAGAAGUUCGAUCAAAAAUGUAAACAAUAAAAAAAUUCAAAACUGAUGAGAAAAUUGAUGACAUAAAAAGUGUCAUUGCAUGUCCUCGAAAACUCAAAAGACUUGCUAAUUAUUUGGCCAUUGACACUGACAAAACCCAGUAAAUGAUGAAUUUCAGAAGUUUUUCAAUUUUCUCAAUAUCUAAUGAACUAAGUCACAAUUUAAAAUUAAUAGGAUUUAUUCAAUUAAUAAACACGGAAAAAAUAUUAAUGAUUCAAAAA